AUUGAAAUUUUAUUAAAAAAAUAUACAUACAUAUUCAAUUUUUACACAUAACUAGAACUUUUACACGUAUUUCCUCACUUUUCAUUUCUCAAAUAUUGACCAACAGAAAUAACUCCGUUAGGUUAGACCGUGAUUCGCGAUCGACGACUAGACGUGUUCGGUGGUAUGUGGGAAUAAUAUACUCGUAACAACAUCGUCGGAGAUUGUGGACCGCGUCAUCGGGAUUUUCCACUGGUUCUUACGACGAUACGCACUCGUAAGUAAACGACUGCCGACUGUUGCUGAGAGGAAUCGAUUUGCAAUCAGUACCUACGUUACUACGUUACUAAACGUUAGUGUCCGUUUAGUGUUUACAACGCAACAAAUAGUUUGUAUAUAAAACUAAUUAUUAUUUAUUAGUACAUACUAAUUCAAAAAAAUGGUUCUUGAAAUAGUGUUUUAUUAUGAGAUUAGAACAAAUUUUUAUUUUUAUGGCAUGCGUGAUCAGUGUGGCAAUUGCUCAAUCCAACGAUGAAUGCCGUACACCAAAUGACGAGAAUGGUGUUUGUAUUGAUAUUAGAAAUUGCCAAAAGUUACGAUUGCUACUGCUAGAUAAGAAUAUCACCGAGUCUACUUUAAUCCUUCUUCGCAAUUCAAUUUGUGGAUUUGAAGGUACAAGUUCAAAAGUUUGCUGUCCUUUGGAUGAAAAAAAUCAUCCAGAGUCCAAAUUACCAUCACAAAUCACGUGUGGACAAAGGAAGCUUUCUAGUUUUCGAAUAAUUGGAGGAAGUCAAUCUGAAUUAGGUGCUUGGCCUUGGAUGGUAGCUCUUGGUUAUCAAAAUUUAAAUAUAAAUAAUAAUUCUCUACAGUGGCUGUGCGGCGGAACGCUUAUCACAGAUUCAUACGUAUUAACAUCUGCCGAAUGCGUAAAAAAUCGUGUUAAUAUAAGACUGACCAUGGCGCGCUUGGGUGAAUUAAAUUUGGAUCCUAGCGUCAAUGACGGCGCAACUCCAUUGGAUGUUCCAAUUGAACGUAUUAUAAUACACGAAGGGUACAAUCCUGAAGGGGUUCUAAAUGAUAUAGCGUUACUAAAAUUAAACCAUAGUGUAGCUUACACUGAAUUGAUCCAACCAAUCUGUUUGCCAAUCUCAUUGGAUGUGAGAAACAUUAAUUUGACAGCAACUGCUAUGCCAUUUGUUGCUGGUUGGGGUUCCACCGAUCCUCCAUCAGUUAUAAGUGUACCACGCAAUACAUAUUUGAUGGAAGCUCAAAUUCCAAUAACGAAUACCACGGAAUGUAAACAAUUAUAUGAGAAAAACAAUAUUGUAAUCGAUGACAGAACUGUAAUAUGUGCUGGACCUUCGGAGGGAGGGAAAGAUGCUUGUCGAGGUGACUCCGGCGGACCUUUGAUGUUUUUCAUACAAAAUCAGUAUUAUUUGAUGGGCAUAGUGUCUAGUGGACCUAAAAUAUGUGGCGAACCAGGUCAUCCAGGAAUAUACACAAGAGUGCCUUGUUUUAUCGAUUGGAUUAUAAAAAAACUGAACAGCAGCUAACUAUAAUAAAUUGGAACUUUUUAAAAUAUGUGCAUAGGCUAAAUCAUGGGUACAUACAUAUAACAUGUAGGUCGUGCCAGCAAAAUAAUUUAAUAAUGCCUUCAAUUACCAAUAUUUUUUAAAAUGCAAUUGCUACAUAAAAGUAUAAUAUUUAAGUAGAGUGCCAAUGCCUAUUCUGUUAUUUUUUUUACUAUUAAAAUUCUAUAGGCUUAAAGUAAUUUUAAUGAUAACCGGACCAUUUAAUUUAUAUUUAUAUAUUUCAUGUUUCACAUCCUUUCACUUUACGAAAACAGGAAUUACUAAAUAAAUAAAUAAGAUGUAUUAGAUGUAGCUUCGGGUUUGUGUUACCUUAAAACAUUAGAA